GGGAGUGGCCAGUUCUGUGGUAUGGCAGAAAUGACCGGCACAGUGGAUUUCCACAGAGAUAUGGAUUUCGGGCUGCGGCAUAAACGGAGUGGAAGCUUUCCGGUGAAGUGGCACAUCAUAAAGGAUUUGGCAAACUUGAAUUUUUUUAAGCUCACCAUAUUGCACAACAAUGACAACAGAGACAUACAAAGGAUAAGUUGGAAGAGAGGUCUGCGGAUGCUCAACCUAUUCAAGCGUCGUACGUCGUCAACGACACCCCUACUCGAUGUCUUUAUGCAGGAAGAGGUAUAUAGGUAAAUGCUGUGAUGAGAGGAGGUUUAUGAGAUGUGAAGGUGGAUUUGA